AUGAAGCUCGCAUUCCUCCCCGCGAUUGCGUUUGCCUCCAUGGCUCAUGCCCAUGCCAUCUUUCAGAAAGUGUCGGUCAACGGCAAAGAAUACGGCUCCCUCGCGGGUCUCCGCGCCCCGAACCAGAACAACCCGACCCAGGAUGUCACCUCCCAAGACAUAAUCUGCGGCAAGGUAGCGACCUCCUCGCAGGAAGUCAUCUCCGUGGCGCCGGGCGACCGCAUCGGCGCUUGGUGGCAGCACGUCAUCGGAGGCGCCCAGUUCCCGGGGGACCCGGACAACCCGAUCGCCAGCUCGCACAAGGGUCCAAUCACGGCAUGGCUCGCCAAGGUGCCCAGCGCCUCGGGUGGCGGCGUCACCGGCCUCCAGUGGUUCAAGGUCGCCGAGGACACCCUGGACACGGGGUCGGGCCAGUGGGCGGUCGACAGGAUGAUCGGCGGCGGCGGGUGGAGCUACUUCGACCUGCCGCGGUGCAUCGCGCCGGGCGACUACCUCCUGCGCGUGGAGCUGCUGGCCCUCCACUCGGCCUAUUCGCAGAAGGGCGCCCAGUUCUACAUCUCCUGCGCCAACGUCAGGGUCACGGGGUCCGGGACGUUCUCGCCGAGCUCCACCGUCAGCUUCCCGGGUGCCUAUCAGCAGAGCGACCCGUCCAUCGUGAUCAACAUCUACGGCGCCGGCGGCGUCCCGAACAACGGCGGAAAGGCGUACUCGGCACCUGGACCGAGACCGAUUACCUGCUAA